AUGUCAGCUGUAGACCCUAGUGUUAUUUUAGCGAUAUCUGAGGGACGUGGAAUGGCUCGUGGAGAAAUAGGUAUAGCAGCCAUAGAUUUACGCCAUCCUCAUAUGGUGCUAUGUCAGUUUAGUGACACACUACUAUACACGCAUACACUAACGAAAAUUAACUUUUUUAAUCCUAUUGAGGUAAUAGUGCCCCAUACUUUCUGCGAAGGUCCACAAGUGAAUCAACUUUAUAAAUUGAUAAAAGAUCAUUUCCCUCUAUUAAAUCUAACUGCUGUACAAAGGCGGCACUUUAACGACGCAGCCGGUCGUCAGAAUAUACAAACCCUUUGUGCUCCACAAUAUAGCGCCGUUUAUCUACAAGUUUUGCAUAAGUUUUACGCAUUAACAGCUGCAGCUGCCGUUUUGAAGUACGUUGAAUAUAUUCAAUGCAUAGUAUUCGCUAGAGAAUCAUUGAAGAUCGAGUAUCACUCAUCUGAAAAUACUAUGAUUAUUGAUGUUGGAACAGCAACGCAGCUAGAACUAGUUCAACCAUUAGUGCCAUCAGCUGGACCUACAUGUUGCUUACUAGGUGUAUUAGGGCCAACAUAUACCGUUGGAGGCAUUCGAGCCCUAAGAGCGGCUAUACUUCAGCCAUCUUGUAAAAAAGAAUUUAUCGAAGCAAGAUUAGAUGCGGUGCAAGAAUUAAUAGAAAGUGAAUCAGGUUUAAUGAUUGAUUUACAGGACGUAAUAAAGAAAUUGUCAGAAAUAGACAAGAUUUUAUUAUUAUGCAUCGAAACACCAAACCAGAACAUGGACAAGUUUGGAGAAGCUCAAUUAAACCAGACACUACUUUUGAAAACUACAAUGGAAAUAGUUCCGAAAUUGCUGGAAGCUUUAAAAAAUGUCGAAAGUGGAAGAUUAAGAAAAAUUAAAAUGGAUUUCGAAAAUCCACAUUAUGAAGAAAUAGCAAAUCGAAUUCGCAAUGUUAUACAAGACGAUGCACAUUUAGAGAAAGGCGCUAUGGGCAGUCUGCAACGAUGCUUUGCAGUUAAACCAGAAAUAAAUGGUCUUCUAGAUGUAGCGAGGAGAACCUAUUCCGAGCUAAUAGAAGAUAUUCAAAAAAUUGUUGAACAAUUAAGUGAAACUGUUAUUUCUACACUGUUAAAGGAACUUCGUCCAUUCAUGUCCAGUCUUUACACGCUCUGCGAGGACGUUGCUGAAUUAGAUAUUUUGCUUGCUUUAGCUCAUUUUGCAAGCCCAGAGAAAAAUUUUACGAUUAUAACCGGGCCGAAUAUGGGAGGCAAAAGUAUUUAUAUAAAACAAAUUGCUAUUAUGCAAAUUAUGGCGCAAUUGGGUUGUUUCUUGCCGGCGACGAACGCUGUCCUCAGGUUGUGUGAUCGAAUAUUUUCCAGGAUUGGUUUCAAUGACAGCGUCGAAUUUAAUGCUUCGUCUUACGUGAUUGAGAUGAAGGAGACUCAGCAUAUUUUAAAGGGUCUAACUUCGACAAGCUUAGUUAUUAUAGACGAACUGUGCAGAGGGACAAACAUUGAAGAAGGAACUAGCAUAGCAUGGGCUAUUUGCGAAGAACUUCUUAUGAGUGAAGCAUUUACUUUCUUCACGACACACUUUAUCUAUCUCACGAGACUACAAGACUUAUAUUAUAACGUUAUUAAUUGUCACACACUCGUGAAAGAAGAGGUGACAAAUACUGAUCCUUUCGAAAGGAAAUUAGUGUAUCAACAUAAGAUUGAAAGUGGCAUCACAAAAAUUGAGCAUUAUGGUUUAGCUUUAGCAGCUAGAACAAAUUUACCAAUUGAAACUGUUAAUUUGGCCAAAGAACUAGCCGAACUCAUCAGUAGAAAUAAUAAGCCACAGGUAUACACGUCACAUUGUAAAACUGAUGAUGAAUUAAUAUACGAUUUAAAUGCUAAAAUUCGAUAUGAGUCUCGUAAAACUUACAAACCUGAUGAAUUAAUAAAAACCAUGAUACGUCAGUUUAAAAUUGAAAAUCCUCAAAUAAUGGCUAAAAUAUCUGCAGAAAGAAGAACACAAAGUAAUAAAACAUCAGACUCUAGAUCUGUUGUUGAAAAUACAAAUAAAUUAAUUACAUCUAAUGAUUUGAGCAAUAAUCAAAGUACGAUACGAAGAUCACAUGAUUUGCCAAAUUUUAAUUUAUACUCGGAUAAACCAUUAACUUCCAAUGAUUCGAAUGAAAAUCACUUUGAGAGUAAUAAUAAAAAUAUAUGCACUUCUGUUAAAUCGUCCAAUGAAUUACUUAAUGCAUUUAUCGAUAAUACCAUUCAGAAAUCUAAUGAUAAUGUCACUAAUAAAAUAGAAACAGUUAUUGAAGUAAAUGAUAGCGUGAACACUGUAAGUAAACACAGUAACGCAGACUCCAAUACGAACGUACCUAAUCCUUAUUGUGAUUAUAAUGUAACGAAUGAAGUUGAAAAGUGUACAAAUGAUGAUAACGAUUUAUCAGUUGGGAGUGAGUCAGAUCUAGCAAGUGCAAUUACUCAAAUCAUUGAAGAAAAUACAGAAGAAAGUAUAAAUUCUGAUCAUGACAGCGAUAUGUCAGUCGAUGAAGAGUUAAUGAGGGAAACCCUCGACGAAAUAAACGAAGAUCUUAAUAAAAUUACUUGUGACCUAAUACUGGAUACAAUUGUUCUUACUCCGCCACCAGAAUUCCGAGAUUCUAACUAA